AUGCCCCCCCGGCGGAACCGCCUCGACGACAUCUACGCCUCUCUGCUCGCCCGCCGAGCAUCCCAGGGCCGCCUCCGCCGCUUGACCCUCCCCGCCCCCGGCGCCGUCGACUUCUCCUCCAACAGCUACCUCUCCCUGCAGACCAAUCCCGACGUCCAGAGCGCCUACCUCGCCCGCCUACACGCGUCGUCGUCGACGGCCUCUCCGGAUUUGCUGGGCUGCGGCGCCGGCUCCCGGCUCCUCGACGGCAAUUCGGCCACGGCCGAGGCGCUGGAGCGAGAAAUCGCCGCGUUCCACGGAGCGCCGGCCGGCCUGCUCUUCAACUCGGGCUUCGCCGCCAACACGGGCCUGUUUAGCUGCGCGCCGCAGCCCGGCGACGUCGUCGUCUUCGAUGAGCUUAUACACGCCAGUGUUCGCGACGGCAUACGGCUGGGGCGAGCGCGCGCGGUGCCGUUUGCCCACAAUUGCGUCUCAAGCCUCGAUGCCGUCCUGGCUGAGCUCGCCGAGGGAGACGCGGGUCGCUGCAUCCGGACUGGGCAGGCAAGCGUCUUCGUCGCCGUCGAGAGCGUGUAUAGCAUGGAUGGCGAUGUCGCGAAGCUGCGGGACAUGGUCGACUGCGUCGAGGGGCGACUCCCACUCGGCAACGGGCAGCUGAUUGUUGACGAGGCCCACGGCACCGGCUUGCUUGGGCAUCACGGCCGGGGGCUGGUCAGUCAGCUCGGGCUGGAGGAAAGAGUGUGGGCGCGAGUACACACCUUUGGGAAAUCCCUGGGCUGUGCUGGAGCCAUCGUCCUCUGCUCGCCUACAACUCGCUCCUAUCUCAUCAACUACGCCCGCAGUCUCAUCUACACCACAGCCAUGGGCUACCACUCUCUCGCAGGCAUCCAGACGGCCUACGAGUAUCUCAUGAGCGGCCAGGCCGAGCCUCACACACGUCAUCUCCGCUCCUUGAUGCGCCAUGUCCAUCGCCUCCUGACUUCGCUCUGCUCCCGCCACCAGCCACCACCGCACAUCUUUCGCAUCAGCCCCAACGAGCCCGAGUCGCCCAUCAUUCCCCUCUUCACGGCCCACGCUCGCAGCCUCGCCCAGCACUGCCAGCAGAGGGGGUUCAUGGUCCGGCCCAUCGUCGCGCCAACUGUCCCCACUGGCACUGACCGAGCCAUAGAGGAAUGGAUCUGCGAGUGUUUGGCAGGAAGAAAGACGCUCGCCGUGGCAGAGACAAUGGCCGCGGUGAGCGCGGAGCGGCUGGAGCCGCCCAAGCUGUAG